AUAACACAUUUAAGACCCACUGGCAGCGUUGUUGCGUCAAUGCCGUCAAUUAACCCUUUAAAUGAUCAUAAAACCAUUUGUUUAUAUUGCAUAAAACUCGAAAGCCGCCACCGGGACAUCGGGUCACCACUAACGUGCUGCGGCGACCUGCCAACUCGUCGCGGAAUGACCGCGCUGCCCGAGGAAUGCUGAAAAAAUCGUAGAGAAAACAUGCUGCGAAGCAAUAAAAAAGAAGAAAACAACCAGCUAAUGCCAUGAUUGAUAUAACGAGGCAGGACCAGCAGCGGCGUAAGAGACAAAAAUUGUAAAUUAGUGUAGAGAAAAAAUCGCGGCGCUGUUCCGGAAAAAAUCUGCUGACGAACUGGUGGCGAUGAGCAGCAACCUAAACAUAAACACCAUGCCCAGGCCUAGUCCAAAGCCAAAUCCAAUUCCAAAUCCGAUUGCGAGUCGAAGUGCUGACUCCGAUGAGGAGGAGGAGGUGGACGGCCGGAUGAGCGACAGCAGCAGUAGCAGCAGCUCUGGUAGCAGCCAGCGGAGUCGUGUUUCGAGCAGUAGCAGUGGCUCCUCAUCGAGCGGUGGUUCGCUAGAGGAAGAUCAGGACGAGGACGAAGAGUUCUCUGACUCCGGUUCGGAGACGGAGGAUGACACCACCACCUGCCAGUCGGACGAGGUGGAGUUGGCACAGCUCAGCGGAAGGGAUAUCUUCAGACUGCCCCGGGGCUUGUGCGAGAACUCGGCCAUAUUCCACGAGUUCUUUUCCAUGGAGACCUGGCAGCUGUUGCCCCACCACGUCCAGGCCCGCCUGCAGCCGCUGCUGCCAAAUUUCUCCAGCUUGGUUUCCGGACAGGCGCAGGCUAGCGCCGAGCAGCAGCGCACCUUGGUCCAGCUCUUCAACGGCGGCCUUCAGCGUUUCGGGCAGUCCCCGCUGCUCCAGCUGCAGCGUCAGCUUGAGGAGGGCAACCUGCGGCCCGAUGUCCUACAGCUUCGCCGGAGCAUCCAACACUCGAGCCGAAGGGAAUUCCGUUUUCAGCAGGCGGAACGUUUAAGCCAGCUGGCUAAGGAGCUCUUUCUCUCAAGGGAGCAACUGUUGCAGCAUGCUUAUACCUCUGCCCCGCCCGCUGAAGGAGCCUUUGGGAAAUCCCUGCCAAGACAAAGGCCUCGCAAACGGAAACCGCCAACGCUUUCCAUGGAGAAUCGAUUUUGCUCGCAACGAGCCAAGAAACGGUACGCCCAGGAGCUCCUGGAUUGUAUGGGCGAAUGUGAGCUAAAGGUUGGCGACAUCAGUGCCGAGGAGGAAGAGGAGGACGAGGAGUGCUCCCAGCUAAUUGAGCGGCUGACCAAAACGCCGCUGGAGUUUAAACUUGAGGAGCCCAGGGCUCCGGAGCCGGCGGGACCUGGACGACCCUCAAAUGCGGCGGACAAGAAAUGCAUUUAUAAUACCUUCUUUAAGCGGCGGCCGGGUGUGGACGAUGAGCAGGUGCUGCGAUUCAUGCAAGAGGAGAGGAUUCCCCAGUUGAACGACAAGAAUUUUCGAAAGUAUUUAAGGGAUUACAAGCGUCGGAAGGUGGAGCAGCCGGACAGUCCCGAGUUCGACACCUCAGAGGUGCGCCUACGCGACAUCUGCACACGGGCCCAAUUUGUGGGAAGCUUCAAGCCAGGUCGAAAACCAAAAGCGCUGAUGGCCCGACUCAAUCCCGAUCCACCUGCCUUGGUACCUAUUGGAGGAGGCACGCCGAACAGGAGCGAGUUCGGGGAAGAGGCAGAACCCAUGCUCCUGGAUGAACCGCAGCAGGUGUACGGUCGUCGGGCGCCAGAAGAAGACCAGCCGGAACAGGAGCACCUGCCCAGCCCGAGGGAAACGAAGACCAUGCCAAAGAAAAUAGCACCUGCUCUUGUUCCCCAGCCCGUGCCCAAACUAGAGCCGUUGAAUGGACCGAUUGCUAACUCCAGUCCGAGUCCCACGCUACCUCAUAAUCUCUCCAGCAAUCCGCCGGCAGCAGCAGCGUCUCCAACUGCUGGUCACAUCACCGGCAGUCCCACUAGGGAAGUGCUUAUCCGACCGCCGGCUUCCCCCCGUCCUGCCUCCUUCUUCUCGCUGCUACGGGAUCUGUUUGUUUCCACGCCGCAGCACCGACUUACCUACGGCGAAUUACAAAUCCUGCUGUCCAGCUGGCGGGAAAUCAACUCGGACUCGGUCAUACCCACGGGGGACUGGCAACGAUCCGUGCCGGAUUGGUCCAAGCUGCUGCAAUCCGCCAUCAAUUUCUUGUCCGGGGACUUUGGCUCCCUGCCGCCGGAGUAUGUGCCGUACAUUGAGCACAAGACGCAGUUGGGGAUUUACCAAUGGAUAGGCGCUGGCCGGGACUCGGACACACGACUGCAGGGUCUGUGCCACAGCUGGCUGAGAAGUCAACGAGAGGAGCAGUCUCAACUUAGUCCAGUACUGAACUCGAAUGCGUACUUGAAUCUGGUGGAUGCAUCUCCCACGCCGCCGCCCAGAUGUCCCACCACCUGGACUGUGCGCACGGCCAGCCAGGCGGAGAUCCUUGAGUUCCAGCGGCAGGAGCGUAUUCGCUUCGAGUAUCCGCACCGGCCGUUCACCUACCGCCUCAACGGAUACGAAAGUGUUGUUGGACCAGUGAAGGGAAUCUACACUCAAAGUCUGCCGCUGAACAAGGCGAGAGGUCAUGCUGUGAUGGUGGACGACCGACCGCCAUUCGUGACCAUCCUUACGCUGGUGCGAGAUGCGACCGCACGGCUGCCAAACGGAGAGGGAACCCGCGCCGAGAUCUCCGAGCUGCUCAAGUGCUCCCAGUAUGUGAGCCAACAGGCGGCGGAUAAUGUGCUGCAGACCAUCGUGAGCGGAGCCUUGGAUCGCAUGCAUGGCGGACAGGAUCCUUGCGUAAAGUACGACGCAAGGCGAAAGAUCUGGAUCUAUUUACACCGCAAUCGUAGCGAGGCUGAGUUCGAGAGGAUGCAUCGGCAGAAUCAAUCCUUGGUGAAGCAGAAGCAACAGCAGCGGAAACAGUUGGCCAGGCCAAAGAACGCGGACGGCAGUGAAGGAUCUGGAGUGCUACUGGACGUCCACCCACAGCCGGAGCAACUGCCAGCCUUGGUGCCCGCAGUGGUGUCACCAGUGCAAGUUCCCACGGUUUCUGUUGUGCAGGUGAAGAAGCCAAUGGGCGUGAAAUGUCCUCCUGUGCCGCCUCUCAAAUACCACAUACCACCCGGCGCCACUGGCAGUGUGGGAACGAUAGUAGCAGCCUCCUCCCUCACCAAUCCAAAUCCGAAUCCGAAUCCCCUACAGCAGGUACAGAAAUCUCUGCUUAAGCCCGUGGCUCUUCCCAUUCCUGCUCCAACGACCGUUCAACGACCGGUGGCUACUGCCAAGGCUGGCAACUUUGCGAUCUCCAAGAUCAGUCCAACACGCAACACCACGCCCAUUCUGGUGUCCACGCCAAGUGGCUUUCAAACUGUGCAUGUGGCCACGACACCGAAUCAAUCGCUGGGAUCCGUCCCCCCUGUAGUGACCAAGAAGCUGACCAUCAAGAAGCCCACUCCCAACAGUAAGAUAGGUAACUUUAUUAUACCCAUGGAGCAACAGCAGCAGCCGCAGCAGCAACAACAACAACAACAGCAGCAGGUGCAACUGCAGGUACAACCGGUGGCCGGAAAACCCAAGGCUCUAACCAUAACGCCACGACCUCAGAUGCCCAAGAACAUUAUACGACUGUUGCCCGCCGUGGGAGGGACCACCAUAGCUGGAAACCCCACGGUGACUUCGUCGAAGCCAUCGUCUGUGCAGAUUCUUGGACCCCGAGUGAUGCCCCAAUCCCAGACGGUGCGACCUGUACAACAAAAGAUCGGCGCAGUUUCGAUUGUCGCCAGCAAACCGGUGACGAGUAUUUCCGCCACAGAAGCUUCAAAUCCCGUGCCCAUCACUACAACGACGAGUUCCCCCGUCACCGGUGGCGGAACCAUUGUGAAGAUGUCGCCCCAGGCCUUUGCCAGUCUCCAGCAGCAACAGCUGAAACAGGUGAAGGUGAACAGCAGUGUCAGUCCAGUCCAAAGCUCACCGCAGCAAAGGAUCAUUGUGGGAAACACGGCCAUUUCAUCGAACAAGAAAAUCGUAUUCCAGGCGCUGCCGAAAUCAGGUCCCAAAAUACUCGCCACAUCGCCCAGUAGCCCCGUGGUCAAGUCAGCGACAACGAGUGUGUCGCCGCAACAGCAACAAAGGAUUGUGCUACAGAAUUUCAAGCAACCGGGGGUGGCCACCAACCAAACCGGAGCAGCCACUCGCGUGAUUCGAGCAACGCCAGCGACAGCUGCAGUGGGUACUGCAGGGAACGCCACUCAGGGAACGGGUCAUAUCAUCACCCUGGACAGCUUACAAAGUAAGCCUGCUGGCGGCGGCAAGCUUCUUACUUCGGCCGGUAACAAUAUAAUUCAUCUGGCCAAUUCCUCGGCGGGUAAUGUGAUUACCUUGAGCCCCAACCAACCGACCAAACAAAUGCCCACAAUGGCACGCAUUGUAAGUGCAACUGCAACAACGACAGUUGGCGGAGGAGGACCUGGUGGAACCACCAUAAUGCCCAAGAUCAUUGGCAAAACGACGGUGUUGCCAGGUAAACCUUUGCUGGUGCAUGCCAAGCAGCUAAAACAGCUGGGCGGUAACAGUGUCGCCAUCACCCAGACCACAACCACGGCCACCACUACGGUGGCUUCGGCAGGCGCGGCUUCCGGGGCAGUGGUCUCUGGAGCAGGUGUGACUGCAAAUGCCGUGCGAACAACUCAGAACAUUGUGAUUGGCGGGCAGACCAUGAAGCUACAGGGAGCGAUUCCCGCUCGACCUGCCGGAUCUACACCCGUACAGACCGUUAUUAUGGGAAAUCAACUGCUCCGCCUGGCCACCAGCAGCAGCAGUAACAACAGUGUAACCACUUCCUCUGGCGGCGGUAUAACCACGGCGCCCAAAACGCUGCUUAUUGGAGCUGGCGGCACACAAACACUGCGACUGGCCAAGAAUAUGCUGGUGGCUAACAAGCAGAUUACCAGUACCGCCACGACAACAGCAUCUCCAGCGGCAACGACUGCGACAGCUGGGAAUAAUCUAGUGUUCGCCGUGCAAGGCAAUGGCGGUCAGCUGUACUUUUCGCCGGGCUUGCAGGGUCUAAACCUAAAGCCUCUGUCUAGCUUGAAGGUGAUACCAAUGGCAUCGGCGGCCGGAGCAUCGUCUGGUGGCAAAAUCUCCGUUACGACGGUGGCUGGAGGAGAAGCGACCGGGAAGGCGCUUGCCACCAAACUGAUCCCGGCCACGGUACUCAAGACGGCCACAGGAAGUGGCAAUUAACUGGAAGGAGGAAGCUUUGCAUCGAGAGUGAAGAGGCUUGUUUAACCACAUUGUUUACCCUUCUUCCUUCGGUUAUUUUUCUUAAAUUUUGUUUUAAAACUAAAUUGUAAUUUGAUUUAUUUAGGCGAAAAGUUUUCAAAGUAGAGAGAGAAAUUCCUCCCUAUCAAUGAACCCCAUUUUAUGGAAAACACAAUUUAUAAAUAAUUAUAUUACGUAUAGAGAGACACACCCAAUAAAACUCAGAUGAAACUAA